AUGGUCAUGAAUUUACCACUACACAUACAACAUGUCCUUGCAAGCAAACUGCAUUCUAUAGUCAAAUCGUGGCCUUUUAGAGGCUGGGAUUUAGAUUUGGUUAGGGAAAUUCGACCACCAUCAUCUAAAAGUCAGAGAUUUGGAAUCCCAGAGACCAUUACAACGGAUCAGGGAUUAGUGUUUACUAGUCGAAAAAUGCAAGAAUUUGCUAAGGAAAUGGGUUUCAAAUUAUUAACUUCUACGCCAUAUUAUGCUCAUGGUCAGGUUGAAGCAUCGAACAAGGUGGUGAUUAGUUUGAUUAAGAAACAUGUGGGUAAGAGGCCCAGAAAUUGGCACAAGACUUUAGAUCAGGUUUUGUGGGCGUGUAGAACCUCCCCCAAAGAAGCCACUAAUUCGACUCCAUUUCGACUAACUUUUGGUCAUGAUGCAGUUUUACUAGUCGAGAUUUACCUACAAUCAACAAGAAUUCAUAGGCAUAAUGAGAUUCCAUCAGAAUCAUAUUGGAACAUGAUGCUUGAUGAGUUAGUUGAUCUAGAUGAGGAGAGACUCAAUGCCUUGGAAUUAUUGAAAAGUCAUAAGAAUAGAGUAGAGAAAUCUUAA